AUGGCGACCACCCCGCCCCCACCGUCACCAUCAGCUUUGCGGAUUCCGGCUGCACCGCGUCAUGGUGCUGGAUAUGACACAUUCGAGCCAUAUCCCACCCGAUCCUCAGCUAGAUUAGCAGAUCAGCGCGCUUCAAGAUUGAAGGAGACAACUCCGCCAAUUUGCCCAAGUUCACCCAGCAAAGGCCGAUCAAAGGCGUCACCAAGAAAGUACGGAAAGGCGGAAGAUGCAACCAUAUCACCGCCAGGCAGUUUCCCAAAGUCAAGGGACGCCGAGCGAGGCUCCCACGCUAGCUGCGCUAAUUACCACCACCAUCCUGUCAACACCCAGCUUUCUAAUCUUCCAACUUCGGGGCGCGUUUCUGAAUCACACGCACUUCCAACACCUGCGAAGACACCGUCAAAGAAGAACAUCACAUCUAACCUUUCAUCAACUGCUCGCACCUUAUUUCCAACCGCCAAGAUGGUAAAGCCGAAGGGUCGAUUUUCCAUCGACGUUGAGGACGCGUCCCCGGGCCCUCAGAGUAUUCAAAUCUACACUGACUCGCGGGACCGUAUCCCUAAGCCCCCGACAACCCCGCGAAACCCGUUCUACAAUGGGCCUUCUGAGCCUGCCAGUGAUGAGUCUCACGGUGUUAUUGACCCUAUGACCUGUCCCACUCACGAGUUACUUCGUCUUGGCCGAGAUGACGAAAUAACAUACAACUUCCGUGGUAAAAAAGUCACCAAGCACUUUGAUGAUGUUGACGAUGAGGACGAAGAGGAUGAUCCCAAUGAUCUGGGCCUGUUCGCUGGUCGUGAGCACUUGCUGCCUGACCCUUCUGUACUGCAUAAUCUGAGGCCACUCCGCCGCAAAAAUGUUGUACCUCGCCGGCUUUGGACUGACGAUGGUCUUCCGGUUCCCCCUAAAGAAAAGGCUCAAGCGAAGCCUGUUGAGGAGUCAACCGCUGAAGAUGAAGCGACUGACGAUGAGGAUGUUAUGGAGAGUGAUCCCAAGCUGCAUGGUAUCACCUCUCCGCCACCUGAGGUCCCUCCGUCGCCUAAAGCUAUGCGCAAAUUGCGCUCUCAGGCACGCCGUCAUGUGGAUACUGAUGUAUCUCCUUGUGCAAAGGGAGCUGGUUCAAAGCAACCCCGCACUCCCUUCCACAACUGGCUGCGCAAGAAGGGUGCUGAUGAACAGUCUCCUGUCACUCCUACGAAACGUGAGGCUGAAUCCACUCCUCUGAAGCGUGAGGCUGAAGAUGUCCCCGGGUCCCUCCCAGGUCCCAAGAGAACCCGUGCUACCACCCGCCACACCCAAAGUGCAUAA